AUGGGAAUUGCAUCAAGGCGAACCAACAGUCAUGAAGCUCAAGGUGGAGAGGUUGAGCCAAGACCCAACUUUGAGUCCACAGGCCCUCGAUUUCAGACCAACGACUUACCGUUCGCCGGAAGGCUCGGUGCCAAUCAAACGUGUUUGAUUGAUGGUGUGACAAGUGAAGAUGAGAGGCUGCUAGAACAACAGCCUGAUGCAACACCGCAUAUGUCAUUCCGUGAAUUGGUCGACCUGCAUCCUAUCACUAACCUCGAUCUAUGGAAGGCAGCAUUAAUAGAAGGAAUCGGUAGGCUAUUCUCGCCAGAUCCAUGGUCAACCACAGGCUCACUCGAGACAGGAACUCUAUUGUUUGUCUUUGUUACUGUGUGGGCGACUUCUUCCCCUGAUGUGAUUCCAGCUCAGCCGACUCGACAGUUGGGCAGUUUUGACAAUGCUACUUUCAUCGGUCCGCUCGUUGGCGGCAUACUUAAUGUGAUACUGAUUACCCUGUUUAUCACGUCCUUCGGUGCAAUAUCAGGGGCACAUUUCAACCCACUCAUCACGUUUGCGACAUUUUGUGCCCGCCUUUGCUCGCUUCCACGUAUGGUUCUAUACAUUUCAGCCCAAGUUGGUGGCGCUUCGCUUGCUGGAUUAUUGGUUAGAGCCAGUUGGGGAGGUCGAGAUUUUAAGACUGGAGGCUGCUGGUUGUUUACCGAGAUUGUGCCAGCAAGAGAGGCAUUCGUCAUUGAGCUUGUGUUCGCUACCUUACUCUUGUUCCUCGCGUUCGGCGUAGGUCUGGAUCCAAGGCAGGCCAAAAUAAUAGGUCCAGCACUAGGUCCGUUUCUUGUGGGACUUAGUGUUGGGGCGAUGAGUUUUGCGAGCGCUUUCACUAGAUAUGGAUAUGGAGGCGCGGGCAUGAAUCCUGCGAGGUGUAUGGGGGCUUUUGUUGGAAGGUAG